AAGGCAGGGAUGCUGCAAACAUAAAGUGCACAAAAUAGUGUCAGUAUCCUCCCUUCCCCCACCAAAACUCCCAAAGAAUUAGCUUGCCUGAAAUGGUAGUAGUGCCAAGCCUGAGAAAUCCUGAGCUGGUGGCUACUGUAUUGGCAGAUGUAGACAGAAUAUACAGAUUUUGUAAACAUCAUUAUGUUUAUUAAUAGAUUAAUUUUGACUAGUACUAAUGAAAAGAUUAAAAGUCUAGUAUAAUUUGAGAUAGUUGAUGGUUUCUGUAUUCGAAAGUUUGAUAAGGUUAGAAUGAUAACGUGAAAUCUGUCUUCUGUCGUCUCUUUUGUCAUGUCAGUUCAUUUAUAGGAGGCAAGAGCUUAUGUUCCAACUUAAAAACUUCUAUUCCAUGUUGUGUGAAAUAUGUCACCAGCACCUCCUAACAGAUGUGAAAUGUUGGGAUUAAAACGGAUUGAAAAUAUUCUCAGAUACAUACUGAAGUAUUUAAUUGAAUGUUAUGUUUUGUAGUUGCUAAUGGUUGAAUUUGGGUAGUGAGUAUGUGGAGGUUGGUUAUAUUGCGCUCUAUACUUUUGUUUGUGUUUCAGUUUUUCCUUAAUAAAAAGUAAAAAAAUACUUAGAUGAGGUGUAACUAAUAAAGAUAGGAUGUGGAGUGUAACCAAGAAAUUAUUUUUAUCACAGAAAUAGUGUUCAUUUUGCAUGCAUUUAUUUAAUCUUCCACAACAAUUUCAUUAAUAUGUUCUGUUUAGAAAACAGUGUCACAUUACUAAAAGUCACUGCAUCUACAAUAGUACAAAGAAUACUGACAUUCUUUUUUACUCUUACAGAUUGUUCUGGGUAACAUAAUGCCAGCUGAGCGUAAAAAGCCAGCAAGUAUGGAAGAAAAAGAAACUUUACUAAACAACAAGGAAAAAGACUGCAGUGAAAGGCGGCCAGUGAGUAGCAGGGAGAAACCAAAAGAUGAGAUCAAGCUUACUGCCAAGAAGGAGGUUAUUAAGGUCCCUGAAGAUAAAAAGAAGAAACUGGAAGAAGAUAAGAGAAAAAAAGAAGACAAGGACCGAAAGAAAAAAGAAGAAGAAAAGGUGAAGGCAGAGGAAGAAUUAAAGAAAAAAGAGGAAGAAGAAAAAAAGAAACAUGAAGAGGAAGAGAAAAAGAAGCAAGAAGAGCAGGCAAAACGUCAGCAAGAAGAAGAAGCUGCCCAGUUGAAAGAGAAAGAGGAAUCCCUUCAGCUUCAUCAGGAAGCCUGGGAACGACAUCAGUUAAGGAAGGACCUUCGUAGCAAAAACCAAAAUGCUCCAGACAACCGACCAGAGGAAAAUUUCUUCAGCCGACUAGACUCAAGUUUGAAGAAAAAUACUGCUUUUGUCAAGAAACUAAAAACUAUUACGGAACAACAGAGAGACUCCUUGUCCCAUGAUUUUAAUGGCCUAAAUUUAAGCAAAUACAUUGCAGAAGCUGUAGCUUCUAUUGUGGAAGCAAAGCUAAAAAUAUCUGAUGUGAACUGUGCUGUGCACUUGUGCUCUCUCUUUCACCAGCGUUAUGCCGACUUCGCUCCAUCACUUCUUCAGGUUUGGAAAAAACAUUUUGAAGCGAGGAAAGAAGAGAAAACGCCUAACAUUACCAAGUUAAGAACUGAUUUGCGUUUCAUUGCAGAAUUGACAAUAGUUGGGAUUUUCACUGAUAAGGAAGGUCUUUCCUUAAUCUAUGAACAGCUAAAAAAUAUUAUUAAUGCUGAUCGGGAAUCCCAUACUCAUGUUUCUGUGGUGAUUAGUUUUUGUCGACAUUGUGGAGAUGAUAUAGCUGGACUUGUGCCACGGAAAGUGAAGAGUGCUGCAGAGAAGUUUAAUUUGAGUUUUCCUCCUAGUGAGAUAAUUAGUCCAGAGAAACAACAACCUUUCCAGAAUCUUUUAAAAGAAUACUUUACAUCUUUGACCAAACACCUGAAAAGGGACCACAGGGAGCUUCAGAAUACUGAGAGACAAAACAGGCGUAUUCUCCAUUCUAAAGGGGAGCUAAGUGAAGAUAGACAUAAACAGUAUGAGGAAUUUGCUAUGUCAUAUCAGAAGCUGCUGGCAAAUUCUCAAUCCUUAGCAGACCUCUUGGAUGAAAAUAUGCCAGAUCUUCCUCAAGACAAACCAACACCAGAAGAGCAUGGGCCUGGAAUUGAUAUUUUUACACCUGGUAAGCCUGGAGAAUAUGACUUGGAAGGUGGUAUAUGGGAAGAUGAAGAUGCUCGGAAUUUUUAUGAAAACCUCAUUGAUUUGAAAGCUUUUGUUCCAGCCAUCUUGUUUAAAGAUAAUGAGAAAAGUUGUCAGAAUAAAGAUUCCAACAAAGAUGAUUCCAAAGAGACAAAAGAACCUAAAGAUAAUAAGGAAGUAUCAAAUCCUGAUGAUUUGGAACUUGAGUUGGAGAAUCUAGAAAUUAAUGAUGACACCUUGGAGUUAGAGGGUGGAGAUGAAGCUGAGGAUCUCACAAAGAAACUUCUUGACGAGCAAGAACAAGAGGAUGAAGAAGCCAGCACUGGAUCUCAUCUCAAGCUCAUAGUAGAUGCUUUCCUCCAGCAGUUGCCCAACUGUGUCAACCGAGAUCUGAUAGACAAGGCAGCAAUGGAUUUUUGCAUGAACAUGAAUACAAAAGCGAAUAGGAAGAAGUUGGUACGGGCACUCUUUAUAGUUCCCAGACAAAGGUUGGAUUUGCUACCAUUUUAUGCAAGAUUGGUUGCUACAUUGCAUCCCUGCAUGUCUGAUGUAGCAGAGGAUCUUUGUUCCAUGCUGAGGGGGGAUUUCAGAUUUCAUGUACGAAAAAAGGACCAGAUCAAUAUUGAAACAAAGAACAAAACUGUUCGUUUUAUUGGAGAAUUAACUAAAUUUAAGAUGUUCACAAAAAAUGAUACAUUACAUUGUUUAAAGAUGCUUCUAUCAGACUUUUCCCAUCACCAUAUUGAAAUGGCAUGUACUCUACUAGAAACCUGUGGAAGAUUUCUUUUCAGAUCACCAGAAUCACACCUGAGGACCAGUGUACUUUUGGAGCAAAUGAUGAGAAAGAAACAAGCAAUGCACCUCGACGCAAGAUAUGUUACAAUGGUGGAGAAUGCAUAUUACUACUGCAACCCACCUCCAGCUGAAAAAACAGUGAAAAAGAAACGUCCUCCUCUCCAGGAAUAUGUCCGGAAACUUUUGUACAAGGAUCUCUCCAAAGUUACCACUGAGAAGGUUUUGAGACAGAUGCGAAAGUUGCCCUGGCAGGACCAAGAAGUGAAAGACUAUGUUAUUUGUUGUAUGAUAAAUAUCUGGAAUGUGAAAUAUAAUAGUAUUCAUUGUGUAGCCAACCUCUUAGCAGGAUUGGUCCUCUACCAAGAAGAUGUUGGAAUCCAUGUUGUGGAUGGAGUUUUAGAAGAUAUUCGAUUAGGAAUGGAGGUUAACCAGCCUAAAUUUAAUCAGAGACGUAUCAGCAGUGCCAAGUUCUUAGGGGAACUUUAUAAUUAUCGAAUGGUGGAAUCAGCUGUUAUUUUUAGAACUCUUUAUUCUUUUACUUCAUUUGGUGUUAACCCAGAUGGCUCUCCAAGUUCGCUAGAUCCUCCUGAACACCUUUUCAGAAUUAGACUAGUGUGCACUAUUUUGGAUACCUGCGGCCAGUACUUUGACAGAGGUUCCAGUAAACGAAAACUUGAUUGCUUCCUUGUAUACUUUCAGCGUUAUGUUUGGUGGAAGAAAAGUUUGGAGGUUUGGACAAAAGACCAUCCAUUUCCUAUUGACAUAGAUUACAUGAUCAGUGAUACAUUAGAACUGCUAAGACCAAAGAUCAAACUCUGUAACUCUCUGGAAGAAUCCAUCAGGCAGGUACACGACUUGGAACGAGAAUUCUUAAUAAAACUAGGCCUAGUAAAUGACAAAGAUUCAAAAGAUUCCAUGACAGAAGGAGAAAACCUUGAAGAGGAUGAAGAAGAAGAAGAAGGAGGAGCUGAAACAGAAGAACAAUCUGGAAAUGAAAGUGAAGUAAAUGAACCAGAAGAAGAGGAGGGUUCUGAUAAUGAUGAUGAUGAAGGUGAGGAGGAAGAGGAAGAGAAUACUGAUUACCUUACAGACUCCAAUAAAGAAAAUGAAACUGAUGAAGAAAAUACUGAGGUAAUGAUUAAGGGAGGUGGACUUAAGCACGUACCUUGUGUGGAAGAUGAGGACUUCAUUCAAGCUCUGGAUAAAAUGAUGCUGGAAAAUCUUCAGCAACGAAGUGGCGAAUCUGUUAAAGUGCACCAACUAGAUGUUGCUAUUCCCUUGCAUCUCAAAAGCCAGCUGAGGAAAGGGCCUCCACUCGGUGGUGGGGAGGGAGAGGCAGAGUCUGCAGACACAAUGCCGUUUGUCAUGUUAACAAGAAAAGGCAAUAAACAGCAGUUUAAGAUCCUUAAUGUACCGAUGUCUUCCCAACUUGCUGCAAAUCACUGGAACCAGCAACAGGCAGAACAAGAAGAAAGGAUGAGAAUGAAAAAGCUCACUUUAGAUAUCAAUGAGCGGCAAGAGCAAGAAGAUUAUCAAGAAAUGCUGCAGUCUCUUGCCCAGCGCCCAGCUCCAGCAAACACCAAUCGGGAGCGGCGGCCUCGUUACCAACAUCCAAAGGGAGCACCUAAUGCGGAUCUAAUCUUUAAGACUGGUGGGAGGAGACGUUGAUCCAGCAGCACGUGUCAUUUCAUUAGGUCCUGUAUCUGAUGUUGUGGAUAGUGGAGUCCUCCAGCAAUUGAAUGAGAGCAGUGGACACAUCUCAGCAUGUCGGUCUAGAGAGUUGCGAAUCCAAACCUGGGACAGGCUGGGGCCGUGAGGCGGGAACAGCAGCCUCUGCCAACACCGGAACAAGCCGAAGCUUCCAGAUAAGGCGUAAAGGCCUUUUGUAAUGGAAAUCACGUGAGGGUUACUCUUCUCUUGUGAAUGGCGGUCAAGAAAUGAGAUGGUUAACUUGACUACAGAGCAGUUACACCAAGAAGAGCGUCAACGAGAUGACUGAGCCAGAGAAGAAACGGUUGUGAUGGUAAUGGUAUGGGGGAAAUGAACUUGAGUUUUAAAUUUGAUUUGAGUUACAGUGUCUCUGAAUUGAAUAUCCCAUGUUGGAAGAAGAUACAUUUGGGGGCUCCAGGACUGCAGUAGAAAAGUAUAGAGCAAGCAGUAAAACCUUCUAGUAAAAACUUACAUGCAGGACAACAAAAUGAUGAAAGAUAACCAAAUACCAGAUAAUCCACCAGGAAGGCUUUUGUUUAGGAAUUUGUUUCAAGAGGAACAAGGGAUGAGGGAGAAAAAUCAGUUUUAUCCAUCAGAGUCAGUAAUACAAAAUUGCCUACUAGGGUAAAAGAAAAAUGUGAAGACUUCUACUACACAAAGAGCAGGAGUUCAGAUGGCUUAGAGGAAUCUGACACCAGCCCAAGAACAGGGAGAGUUGAGCCCAUUGUAAGUAUCAUAGAAAACAAACAGCGUACCAGUCAGCAUGUCACAGAAAAUGGAUGAAGGACAACAAGGAAAGGGGAUCAGAAGAUUUUGUUGACCUUCAUGGGUUUACAGCCUCUGUCUUUAAAGAAAGUAUGGAAACAGUAGAGCUUUUAUUUUGCAUUUGUUUUUGUUUUGUUUUGUUUUGUUUUCCCCCCCACUAAAUAGAAAUGAGGGUUCUUAGUCUGUUUCUGGCAAUCUGUUAAUUUAUUAGGAUAGUUGUCUUUCGUUUGCUUUCCGAUAGGCAUAGUAAAUUUAGUUAAAGAGCACAUCUGUAUGCUACAACUUGAUUACAUCUUUUUUUUCUAGCUAUUUUGCAUUUUUUUCUUUUACCAUGUUUCAGUUUCUGCAUGUAGAAUUAAAUAAGAACAAAACUUGUAAAGUUGUAACAUUUCACAUGGAAAUGCUGCCCGAUCUUCACCAGCUUCAGAAAUCUGACCUUUGCCGAUGCUGCAAUAAAGUGUUGUAAUUUAGAUUUG